AUGGAGUUCCCCUUUGGGCACCAGCACCACCACCGCCGCGGCGAGGAAGAGGAGGAAGAAGGACGGAGGGGGGAGGAGCGGGGGCAUCCUCCGCCGGGUCACCAGCCCUACCGCCCGGAGGGGUACGGAAGCCGAGGGGGGGAGGAGUAUCAGCGUGCUCCUCACCAGCACCACGGAGGAGGGGACUACGGCUAUGGCGGCGACUCAUACCAGAGGCCGUAUCCUCCGCCGCCACAUGGCGGCGGCUACGACUCGGGGCCGGGUUUUCCGACGGUGCAGCAUGUGGCUCACGAAGUGGGUCCUGGAUCUUACCAGAGGCCGUAUCCUCCGGCCCCCCAUGGCGGCAGCUACGACUCGGGGCCUGGUUUUCCGGUGGUGCAGCAUGUUGCUCACGAGGUGAGGCCUGGAGCCUACGAGAGGGAUCAGGAAGGAGGUAGGGACCACGAGGGGAACCGCGGUCACCACGGGUUCCCCUUCGUUCAGCACGUCAGCCACGAGAGCUCCGGCUCUGGUCAUUUUCCCGCGAACCGUAGGACUGUGAGGAUCUUCACCAAGGCGGAGGAGAACUACUCCCUUACCAUCCGUGAAGGGAAGAUCAUCCUCGCCAGAGCUAAUCCCAACGACGAGUAUCAGGCAAUAUUUCUUCUCAAUUUUUCUUUCCGUUCGCAUCUAUAGUCCUAGUUUUCCCGAUCUUCACCUGCAUGUUGUGUUUUGCCGGAUCGAUGCCCUUUUUUCCUUAAUUCAGAUCUCCUUUUCUCCUUUUUCUCGAUCUUUUUCCACGCGUUGAAAGGAUCUGAUAGGUUUCUCCCAUCGAUUUUCUCUUACAGCACUGGAUCAAGGAUGAAAAAUUCAGCACUCAGGUUAAAGAUGAGGAAGGUCUCCCGUGCUUUGCCCUUGUCAACAAAGUCACCGGGGAGGCGAUCAAGCACUCUAUUGGAGCGACUCAUCCUGUAAGUCAGAUUUACAGCUGAAUCUAAGUUAGUUUGUCGCCCUCUUACCCGGACAGAAUCAGUCCAGGUGACGACCCCUUCAAGCUUCAAUUUUACCUCCGACUGAUACCUAGUGGUUUUUGCUUGUGGUUUUAAAAUCGUCAUCUUCAUUUAGAUCUAAAUAAAAUUGAGUUCCUGAUCAUCAUUACUUCUUACUUCCUGGGUCUGUUUAUUUCUGGUUUACAGUGUUUCAUCCUAGUUUCAUGCACAGAUUUUUAAUCCUCCUGUGAGAAUAUAGUUUUUCGGUCUGCCGGAGCUUCUAAGCUUGCUGUGGUCUUGCCACCUGUCUAGAUGUAAAAGGGAAUUGAUUGUAAAUAAACGGUGAAGGAAUCGAGUAUCUUGCAUAUCUUUUUAACGGUUUGCUCCACCAUUCUUUUCAGAGAUUAAUUCACCAUUUUGAUAUGAAAAUUUCGUGUUUAAUCUGGCAUUAAAGCUUUUUAACAGAGAUUUGUGGGUCAUAUAUGUAUGUCUCAAAUGUAUUUGAAUUAUUCUUCCUAGUAUUGAAGUUUAAGGCGAUAUCUUGUUUACCAGGUGUGCAUAUUCGGUUUUUUUUUUUAGGACAUUAGGAGUUGGAUCUUAUUAUCCCCUGGUCAUGGUCAAGUAAUCCAGUCAUAUUUUUUCAUGAAGCGCGAAUAAGAUCAUCGUUAUCUGCUUUGUUUUCAAUGUCUUAGUCAAGAAAAAAUGCAUCAUGAUCACUAACAAUCUUGUAGUUUCAGGCCAAUCUAAAUCACACCAGACUCUGCCAUUCGUCUCAUUUUGGCACAAUCCCAUCCGGUUCCUGUGCAUCUUUCUACCAGGUCUCUAGAACCGUGGUUAGCCAGAAGGAGUUGCCCAAAAUAGAAACCGAGUCCAAUCACAACUCUUGAACUCCCACUGGAGACUCUAUCUGGCCGUCUGUGACCGAACACAGAUUUGUUCCAUGCAGAAAAUGAAAAAGGCCAAUAAGAUUGCUAAACCGAGUCUACUGUUCCUAAAGGAAAAAAUAAAUCUCCGCAGGAGCUCUGGUCAUGGAUGUCGUGUUUGUUUCUCAGGUCUGAAUGGAGUUUUGAUGAGAUCCAAACACAAAGAUCUCGACGACCCACAUCAUUCUUCUUAGUUUCUUGUGUCCUCGUCAUCGGGUAAUCAGCGCAUGUCGAAGCUUUUGAUCUGAGCUCCUUACUUGAUGCUUCGGCUGAUAUGCUAGAAUAUUCAGUCCUUUCUUGGUCUAGACCUUGAACUUCACGAAGAAAUGCAGGCAGAAACAAUCGUUCCCAGACAUAUAAGUUCUUGUUUCGAUGGAGAUAUGAAAUGCGUGGGAGAUCAUGUGCGUUGAUGGCUGGUUUACUAACUUCGAAUAGUUUUUCUAUCCGAAAUAAUUUUUUUUGAUAUAAUAUUUAUUUUCAUCGUAAAUAAGAGUCAUAUAAAAUUAGCAUGAGCCAUUUAUGGCUCGGUUCAGGAGCAGCUCUCAGCUGUGGGCGUGGUCCCAGCAUAAAUGAGGUAACCAUUUCUUGCGGUUGAUUUUUUUAUUGAUCAUGUUUUGAUGAAGGGUGGGAGUAUGUACUACCAGUGCCUUAAUGUAUCCGAAUUGGGCCAUACUUUCUUAUUGGGCCAGCCGUCUGGCUACCCAGGCCCAUGGUCACCCCACAUUCAGUCAAGGAUGAUGACCUAAAGGACAUUAUUAGAAAACCUGUUGGUUACUUUUAAUCCCUCCCCCUUCCCUCUCUGCCAAUCAGAUUUAACCGCAUAGUUUUAACCCAAUUCAGGUAAAUUCAUGAAAGUGUUCCAAUUUUCCUAUGAGGAGGACUUUCCUGCCCACCACCUCACUAUUUUUAAUUCGUCAUGGAUUAUUGACUUCUGGGUGGGGGUUGACUUUUUGGGUAUCAUGACCCGGCAGGAGCAGCCCUCAUGCUUCUCAAACUGAUCCCCAGGUGAGGCUGAUCCCCUACAACCCCAAGUACCUGGACGAGUCGAUCUUGUGGACGGAGAGCCACGACACGGGGGAGGGCUUCCGGUGCAUUCGGAUGGUCAACAACAUCCGCCUGAACUUCGACGCCUUCCAUGGCGACGAAGACCACGGCGGCGUUCGCGAUGGAACCACCGUCGUCCUCUGGGAGUGGCUCAAGGGGAAGAACCAGCGAUGGAAGAUAGUCCCAUACUGUAAGUGGCUGCUCUUUCUUUUUUUUUCAUGCGAUGAAUUCCUCAUUAAAGUAAAAAAAUAUGGAAUUAGGUAG